UAUGUUAAGUUUUAUAUUAUUACCCAUUCAAAUUUCAAAGAAAUUUGUAUUAAAUUCGAUUGACUAGUUAAUUAAAUUUGUUGAAAUUUAAUAGUUGGGUACGUCUUGUGUUAAUGACAACAAAUAUGAUAUAAUAUGUAAGCAUAAUAUAAUAUUAUAAAUAUUAGUAUAUAAUACUAACACAGAUUAUCUCAUCUGUGAUAUAAACAAGAUUUCUGAUAUCCUCUAAGACCAAAUGUAAAAUGUUGUCUAUUUGCCUUAAAACGCGCCAAUUUCAAAGUCCUUGCGUUUUGAAAUAUAGCAGGCAUAUAUUGAAGUUAAAAUUUAAAAGGCCUCAUAGUACUAAACAGAAUAAUGUUCAACAAAAGAAUAUUCGUUCUACUGUAUACUAUUUGUCAGCGCUGGGCGUAUUGACUGUUGGUCUUAGUUAUGCUGCCGUACCAUUAUAUAAAAUGUUUUGCCAGGCGUUUAGUUAUGGCGGAACACUUAGCCAUAAUAUUGAAGAUUCUAAAGUAGAAACAAUGAAGCCUAUAAGCAAUAGACUAAUUAGAGUACAUUUUACUGCAGAUACUUCAUCCAGUAUGCAAUGGAGUUUCAAACCUGUUCAAACGGAAAUUAAAUUAGUACCAGGUGAAACAGCGUUGGCAUUUUAUACAGCUAAAAAUCCAUUAGAUAAACCAAUCACGGGUAUCAGUACAUAUAAUGUUGUACCAUUUGAAGCUGGGCAGUAUUUUAAUAAAAUUCAAUGUUUUUGCUUUGAAGAGCAGCAGCUGAAUGCAAAUGAAGAAGUCGAUAUGCCCGUUUUCUUUUUCAUAGAUCCCGAGUUUGCUAGCGAUCCAAAAAUGGAAAAUAUUGAAGACAUAACUCUUUCAUAUACAUUCUUUGAAGCUAAACAAGGUGUUAAUUUACCUUCAAUUUUUAACCAUUGAGCUAUUAAGAGAAUUUUUGUGUAUAGAUUUUUAAUAAAAAUAUGUAAUAUAUUGUAGAAGGAAUUGUAUUUAAGAGAUGAAUAUAUUAAUGUUAAUGUUUUCUUACAAA